AUGUCCGGCGCCUCCGAGGACACGGCCAAACUGACCAUCCAGACCAGCGCUGACGUGGAAGUUCUCAGCCCCUGUGAGUUCGCUCUGCGUCUCCGAGGCACCAGACUGCUCCACUCGGACAGCACCGGAACCAUGAAGGCUGCCGACAGAGAAUCACUGUUUCGCCGGGCUGUCGAGGCCUCCGAACUGAGGUUUUCCUUCCAGAAUGGCGUGGUGGCCCAGAUCUGCUCCGGACAAACAGAGGGUGCCUGGGUGACCAACUUCAAAAAGGGUGUGCUCUCCAGCUUCCAAAACAGCAUGGAUGACCUGACAAAGUCCCAGAACCUUACAGAGACUGACAUCGCCGGCCAGUGCCGCACCGAGUACAAACUGGUCAGCGACGGCUACUACAGCGUCAGCAUCAAGAAGAGCAAGGACAUUCUGAGCUGCACCGAGCGCCACCAUAAACUAAUAACUUACUUUCUAUUGUCUCUCCUCUCACAGGAGAUUCAGUCCCUCCCGAUCAUGAAGACCACACAAGAGUGUGAGCAGGACAUCCAGAAGGCCGGAGUUCUCAAGUCCAGCACGUGCACUGAGAUCCACGUCUACAGGCCUUUCGCCGACGGAAACAGUGGUGGGAUGACCGAGGUCAAGCAGACCUUGACCUACAGGACCUCACAGUCUGCCGGCAGGCCCCGUCCAGCCAUGAUCAAAAGUAGGGACACCCUGGUCUUUGGCCACUCCGUUGGUUUGCCAGACCCCAGGACGGCCCGUGCUGAGGUGGAGAAGCACCUUCGUGUGAUCUGUACUACCACCAGGAGUGACGUCAGAGCAGAGUCCCCUCGCCAGUUCUCUGAGCUGGUCAGUGCCAUGCGCUCUCUCUCCCAGCAGGAUAUGGAGGAUGUGCAUAAGAUGCUCAAGACCAAAUCUUUCUGCCCUGAGAACGAGAAGACUUACAAAUUCUUCUUGGAUGCUCUGCCCCUGACUUCCACCGAGGCCUCCGUGAAACUGAUGACGACACUGAUCACCGACAAGGAUGUGAAGGGUGUUCUGGCUCAGGCCUGGAUCGCUUCUUUGGGUUUCGUUCAAGCCCCGACAUCUGAUAUGCUUCUCAUUGCUAAGACUCUGGUGGACACUGAGAUGACGAGAGAAGAGUCCCUCCUGCCUGUCUCCUCCCUGGUAAACAACUACUGCAGGAAGAUGACGUCGUGCGACAAGGACUAUGCCGUGCUCAGCGUCAUGGCCUCCCUCGAGAGGAACAUUGGCUACUACUGCGACGCUUCUGGGAAGAACUUUGAGAAGGUCCUCCUGUCACUGAGAGCCAUCGGAAACGCCGGUCACGCCACGAGAGCCGUAAACGUCAUCAACAAAUGUCUGAGCGCCACUUCCGGUCCUCUGGAGAUCCGUGUGGCAGCUGCUGAAGCCUUCAGGAGGAUGCCUUGUGACGCCCCUAGUGAUGAGCUGUGGAACACUUACGAGAACGGUGACCUCGACUCUGAGCUCCGAGUAGCUGCUUAUCUGUCUCUGAUGCGCUGUCCCACCGACGCCAUUCUGGGCAAGAUGGCCGCCAGUCUGAAGAACGAGGAAGAUGACCAGGUCGGAGCCUUUGUCUACAGCCACCUGACCAAUCUGAGAGAUACCUCCGACCCCCACAAGCAAGACGUCGCCCGUGCUGUGCAGAACCUGGCACUGGACAAGGAAUUCGAACUGAGCAUCCUCAAGUUUUCCCGAAACUUCGAGGCUUCCACACUCAUCAACAAGCUCAACUCAGGAUUCACAGCUGAGAGCAACCUUAUCUGGUCCAGCGUCUCCCAGAUGCCCAGGUCUGUCUCCGGUAAUCUGACAAUUGACCUGUUUGGUCAAGCCAUCAACAUGGUGGACUUUGGCGCUCGUCUUGAGGGAUUGGAGUACCUCAUGAAGAAUCUUUUCGGACCCUACAUGCCAGAGGAUAAUAAAUUCAAGAGCCCCGGGAAAGCAGAAGAUGUGGAAGGCUCAAUCUACGGCCGAUUCUUCGGCAACGAGAUGUUCUUCAUGCACAGCAAGACAAUGACCUCCCCCUUCAAGAACCUUCCCUCCAGCUGGCUCGACGUUCUUAUCCAGCUGUCCAAGAAGCAGGACUACACCCUGACCCAGUCCGCCCAGUUCAUGGACGUCAGCAUGACCAUCCCCACAAUGGCCGGUCUGCCCAUCCACAUCGACGUAAACGGAACCGGCACUCUAGACCUGGUCCUCAAUGGAAAGAUGGACCUCCGCAAACUGGGCUCCUCUCCCCGCUCCCUGGACAUCGAUGGAGAAAUCCGACCAAGCGCUGCUGUUGAGAUCACCGGAACUAUGUCUGUCGACGCCAUGGUGACCAGGACAGGACUGCGCAUGCGCAAUACUCUGCACACCAGCACCGCCCUGAAGGGCCGUGUCCAGCUGGAAAGAGGCCAACGGCUCAACGUGGAGCUUGACACCCCAGAGGACAAGAUGGAAAUCUUCAGCGCCAGGUCCAAGUUCUUCAUCCUCCACAACGACAUGGAACAAGAGCAGGCUAUGAUCAAGGAGAACCGAAAAGAGUUCAAAGUAUGCUCCGGCGACCAGUUGUCCAUACUGAGUGGUGUGGAGCUGUGCGGAGAGCUGAGCUUCGCCAACGCUUCCGUGGCACCCACUGGCCCAUACUUCCCUCUGGCUGGACCCAGCUCCGGCACCCUGACUCUCUACAAGAGAGACUCCCACAAGGGCUACAAGAUCUUUGCCAAGCGUGUUGAGAACAAGAAAUCCAGCAUUGCCCAGAUUUCUCUGAACACCCCGGGCUCAAGAGUGGACCGUGCCAUUAUGCUGGAGCUUGACGUGGACUACCCCAAACAGUCUCUGGACGCUAGCAUGAGAACCCCCUGGAAAAAGGCUACUAUCAGAGGAGUGACCAUCAACAACAAUGACCUGAAAAGCUUCACCGGCAGUGUGGUCAUCGAUGACGUCGACACCUACUCCUUGACCAGUGAGGUGAAGAUUGACAAAACCAAGAGCAAGCUUCAGCUGAGCCCCAUGGUUGAGCUGAGACGUGCAGGAGCUGAGAACGUGCAGCUGACCGGCUUUGUGUCUCUCAUGAGGCCCUUCAAAUCCAUGGACGUUGACCUGUCUGUGUCCGGGCUCAGCAAGAUGCCCUACAACGUCAAGACACUCUCGACAUAGCCAAGAAUCCAGAGUACAACUUGGGUCUGGAUCUCUCUGUGGACCACAAGAAGAAGCACAGCGAGGCUGAAGUGGAACUCAGGUACGGACCUAAUCCAAAAGACAAGACCAAGAAGGUCUUCUGGUCUUCCUCCUUCACCAGGAAGCAGGCGAGCUGGAAGAACGCUGACCUCAACUUCAAGAUGAACGCAGUGGUCCCUGCUCAAGGCGUGGAUGUAAGUGUGAUUGGCCAGCAUGAGCAUACUCCCAAGAUGCUUGACUCCAACUUCAUGUUCAGCUACGGAGGCAAAGGAAAAGACAUUAGCGCUGAACUGACCAUUAAAGACAAGAGCAGCAAAUUGGCAAAGAUCAACGGACAAGCUGUUGUUGCCUGGCCCGGCUCAGCCUACACCCUGACCACCGACUUCGACCAGAAGUCUGAGAAAAAGUACAUCCACGAGAUGAACCUGAAAGACAACAGUGGCAAGAAGCACGCAAUCACCACCAUCUACAGAGUUCCCAAGGAAGACGCAUACGAGCUGACGACAAAUGUGAUGCUGCAUGGUAGGAAACCAAUCACGUUGUCUGGAUCCACCAAUCUUGACCUGAAGAAUUUCGAGAUCUCAGGAGAAGUCAAGAAUGGCUCAGAUACUUACGGUCUCAAAACCAAGGCGAAAGUUACUAAGUCCCCAAGCGCAAAUGUUGUUGUGGAAGUGGUGUAUCCUGCCAGGCGCAUGACCCUGCUCGUGGAUGGAGGAAAAGGAAAGAACAAGGUCAGCGGCCAUGUUGAGGCUGCUUGGAACGUAGACAAGGACAAGAGCGCAAAGGUUGUGAUUGAUGGAUCCGGAUACUUGAAAGCAUCCAAGAAAUCUUCCAGUCUUGGGGGCAACAUCAAGUUCAACUCGCCCUUCGAGAACUACGAAGACAUCAUGACAGCUUUCAAGUACGGAAGUGACAACGGUCAACACGACCUCAACGGCAAGGUGUCGUGGGGUGGAAAGGGUAAGACGAUUCUGUCCAGCCUUACUGUCAAGAAACCCAUAUCUCUGGGAAAUCUGCAGAUGAUGGCAGAGACAAAGAGCCCGUUCAAGGGAUACCGAGUUAUCUCCUUUGAUGUUGACCAUUCCAUGGAACCAAAACUGAAAACUGUUCUCAAGGGCAGAUGGGAAAAGGAAAAUGGAAAACUGACCAUCGAAGGCGAAAACCUUGGAGACAUGUACAGGCGUAACAUCAAGGGAAGUGCUGCACUCAAGUCCACACUGAAAAAUGCCGAGGAGGUCAAGCUGAGCUUGUCUCACUCCGAUGGAAAUGGGCAAAUUUCUUCUAACGCUGCUCUCAUUCACAACGGAAAGCCUUACGGAUACGAAAUGAAAAUAGACCACUCCCAGAACGGCUGGCAGAUCAAGAACGCCGGAGACCUCAUUUUGACUAUGCCCGACAACAGAGUCAAGACAAGCUGGAAGCACAAAAACGGCGAGAGAUACGUCAAAUCAUCUCUCAACUCCAGCUGGGGAAAGAAUCGCCUGCUGGUUGAUGUUGAUGGUUCUCAAGACCUUCUGUCUUCUGGUGCCCUAAGUGGUGACAUCACGGUCAAGACUCCAUGGAAAUCGUUCCGAACCGUUGCCCUUUCUUUAAAACACAAACAAGGACAGGGCCUCAUUUUGAGCAAGGCUUCCCUAAAACAGAACGGAAAAGUGCAAGCUUCUUCUAUCCUUAACUACAACGGUCACCCGUCCGGAUUGGAUAUUGACUUCAAUCUGGUGUCACCAUUCCACGAAGAGAUCAACGGCAAAGUCAACACCAAACAUAGCGCCUAUCCAAUGACUGGCUUAGCUGAAAUUAGUUGGUCUCCUAGGUAUAAGACUGUUAUGGAAGGUUCCAUGAAUCUUGCUUCUUGGGAAAACGCAAAUGUUGACAUGAAGUUGAUCACUCCUCUGAAACAGUACCGCAACAUUGUCUUCAAAGCCUCCAACAAAGACGAGAGGGGAGAGAUGGUAUCUCACAUGACCCUCGACUAUGGAGUCCGAAAGAACAUCGACCUGGAGAGUAGAAUGGCCUUUGGGGACGCCAAGAAAAUGUUCCGGCUCAGAAUGACAACUCCUUGCGAGCACAUGAAAUCCUUGGACACCGGAUUCACCGUUGUAGGCGAUAUUGAGGGCUUCGAUGGAUCCGCAGAUUUUGAGAUGAUCCCGGCUAUUAAUAAAUUCCAAGGGUCUCUCAACUGGCAGUACAGCGAUAACCUCAAGGGAAAUCUCCGCCUGGUAACCCCUAUCCCCGAGUAUCCGUACAUUGAGCUGUCAACCUCCAGCCAGAAGACUGGACAGACAAGGCAAUCGUUCAUCUCGGCAGAAUACUCUCCCCGCCAUAGAUACCGCUUGGACACCACUUACAGUCUCGAGAUGCCGUAUUCAUUCGAAGCCACCAUCAGCUCUCCUUUCCCCGAGUACAACAACCUGGGGGUCACCUUCCAGCACAACCAAGACCCAUCCAAACUAGUGUCUCACGGAGAGGUGCGUUACCAGCCCGACAAGAAGGUUGAGGGCGAUUUGAACGUUGACUGGUCCGAUCUUGUAGAGGGCACGCUCGUGCUCAAGACUCCAAUCCAAGGGUACGAGAAGAGCAAAGUAAUGUUGAGACACAAGGGCGACAAGGGCGACUUCAGCAGCCAUGGAGAGGUGAACUUUGCAGACAAGAGCGUGUCGGCAGACGCCAGCUUCAGCAGCGGCUACACCACGACAGGAAUGUUCACCUUCAACAGCCCUAUCCCUGGCCUGGAAAAAGUUGAAAUUUCCGUGAACAAAAGAGGCAACAUCAAAAACGUAAAAGGUGGCGCCACUUUCGUGCUGAACAAUGUCAAGACUCAAGCAAAUUUCAACCACAAAAUGAAGGACGGAACGUUGAAGUCGACCUUCAGUCUGUCUAACCCCAACAUUAAAGACUUCAAGGUCAGCGUCGACCAUAGUGGCGUCCUGGAGAGUUUCACCAACAAAAUGUCUCUCAACUAUGGCCGUCGUUACGACAUUGACACCAUCCUUGCCUUCGACCACAGACAACCAGACAUCAGCGGUAAUGGCAUGAUCAAAUACAGACUGGACGGUCCCCGAAAUACUGCACGGGUGACUUUCAGCAAGAAUGGUCAAGUUGAGGACAUGGCCUUCAGCGGAACUGCCGCCUUUAACAGAGAAAAUAUCGGCGUACAGGGCUCCUUGAAACUCAUCGGUGGAAUUGAUGGUUCCAUUCAGGUGAGCACACCAUUCGAUGACUUCAGAAACAUCGGAGCCGUACUGACCCAGACUGGACACGUGAACGACUUUAAAUCAGAGGCCAGCGUAACCUACAUGGACGGCAAGAGCAUUACCGGAAAAGUUGACAUGUCUUCCUUUAGUCUGAACAACCUCCGCUUCAAUGCCGAGGUGACAACUCCUUUCCAGGAGCUACAAAAGACGACGGUGAGCGCACACCAUGCCUAUGACGAGUACACCUUAGGUCUGUCCGGAGGCGCUACACUGACAACCACCAUCGGCCAGUUCGGACAAGGCAGCGUCACCUACAGCAAAUCAGGAGAUCUGGACAGCUUCAGUGUUCAGAUCAAUGGAAAAUACGCUGAUAACGAGGCAAUUGUUUCCGCAACAAAGAGCGGGUCUUUGGAUGAUUUCACCGUAGGCGGCAGUGCCAGCUACAACGGCCAAGCCAUCAGCAUGGACGGUUCACUGAACACCAUCAGCGGCAUUGAUGGAUCAAUUAAGGUGAAAACGCCUUUCACGGAUUUCAACAAUGUUGCGAUGAAACUGUCUCACCAGGGAUCAAUCAACGACUUCAAGAGCCAAGCGUCCGUAGACUACAUGGACAACAAGAACGUUAACGGUAUUGUGGAAUUUUCCGCUGACGGUCUCCGAGAUGUGAAGAUCUCCACUGAAGUAAACGCUCCUCGGGAACUUCUGGGAUCCUCUAAGCUAACCCUGAACCACCAGUAUGACGCAUACAGGACAGCGUUCUCGUCGAAUGGCGAUCUGAGCAGUCCUAUCGGUGGAUUUGGACAUGGCAGUUUCCAGAUCAGCAAGACCGGCGGCUAUAGCGAUCUCAAUAUCGAGGGCAAGGCUACUCACAAUGGUCAAGAUAUUGUGGACACCAAAAUCACCAACUCACUCCAGACCCGUUCCCUGAACACCGGUGUGAGUGUGAAGAGCUUUGCGACACCAGACUUUAAGCUGACCGUUGACCAUAAUGGAAUUUUCCUUAACAGCAACACCAAGGCUCGUGCCUCUCUUGGAACUGACAACGUCUUGUCCGUUCAGGCUACAGUCAGCAACAGUGGAGACGUGCUCGACGGACAGGGCCACUUCAGCCUCCUCACCAGGGAAUCUGGCUACAACCAGGGAUCUAUCAACGUCCACAAAGAGGGCCAGAUUGAUGACUUCACCGUGACUCUGACCACUGACCUCAACAAUGAGAAGUAUACCGUAACCGGAGCCUUGAAGGUCAAGGACGAGAUCAUAGGAUCCGUCAAGCUGCAAACACCCAUCAAAGGAUACAGAAAAGUCGGAAUGUCCUUCAAGCACUCUGGCAACCUUGACAGGUUCAACACAAAUGGUGAUGUCACGUUGACUGACGGAAAUCGUUACUCUGCCAAACUCGACUUUUACCGGUAUCUGCUCCAGCGCAUUGAAACAACACUGGAAGUGACGACACCAAUCCAAGGCUACGAAUUCACCAAGUUCGAGUACAGACACGAAGGUAGUCCAGACAACUUCAAAUGCUACCACUCCCUCGAGUACGGAAACUCACAGAAAAUCACAUAUGACCUUCAAGCAAGCACAUCUCCCAACCCUGACUUGAGAAUGACGGUGAAGACGCCAUUUUACAUGUAUGAGGAUCUCUCGGCCUCUGCUUCUCUUGUCAACAACUGGCCGGUCGCUUCCGUCUCCGGCAAGGUCAAUGCUGGAAAUGGCAACGUCGUGUCUCUCCAAGGAGCUCUGGACGUGAGCUCAGACAUGUCAGGCUCCCUGACCGUGUCCACACCCCUGGAGGAUUUCUCCAAUGUCGGCCUUAGUUUCCAGCAUUCUGGUGACCUGAUCAACUUCAACUCAGAGGGAAGAAUCACUUAUAUGGACAACAAAGACGUCUCUGGUAAACUGAAGUACAAACGCAGCGGUGCACGCAUCACUGCCCAGAUCAAGACGCCAUUUCAAGGCUACGAGCUGACCAAAUACGAGUACAAACAGAAUGACAACCAGAACCAGGCUUUCUAUGAGAGCUCCCUCUUGUAUGGAGACAACCAGGAACUGCAAAGUACUGUCAAGGUUGUCUAUUCUCCAAAUCCACAAUUGGCCAUCACUGUCAAGUCACCUUUCAGAAACUACGAAGACAUGAGUGUGUCCUAUUUGCUGGACACCACAGGACCACAGUACAAACUGGAGAGCAACGCCAAUCUGGGCAACGGUCGCUCCGUCACUUUCAAGAGCGGCUUUGAUACUUCUGACGACAUCUCCGCCUUCGCUACCCUGAUCACACCGGUCUCUGGCUACAGGAACCUCGGGGUGGAUUUCAGCCACUCAGGAAACGCCCAAAAGUUUACAUGCCAAGGAAAACUCACUUACGCAGACAGCAAAGACAUCAGCGGAAAGGUCACCUUCUACCGGUAUAUGUGGCGUCGUGUGACUGCUUCUGCCGAAGUGAAUACUCCUUUCUCUGGGUUCGAGAGCACCACAGGUGAGGUGAACUACGAAGACAGGUCCAACAGCAAGAGCGCGUCCGCAUCUUUGCAAUAUGGCGACGCCCAGAAACUUGAAAGCAGUGUCAAGCUGACCUACUCUCCAAAUUACGAUUUGCUCGUGACGAUCAACACCCCCUUCGAGGAGCUCAAGAACGUUCGCGCCGUGGCUACCGCAGACCUCAAUGCCCCAAGCUACAUGGUGACCAGCGGUCUCACAUACGGCUACAACAAAGCCUACUCCGCCAGCGGAAAGCUGAACCUGUUCUCUGCCAAAAAGCUCGACGCUUCCCUUGAGGUGAAAACUCCCAUUGCCGGUUUGGAGAUGACCAAAGUCGAAUAUGACCAUAAAGUCGACGCCUCCAGCAUUGAUGGCUCAGCCGCUUUGAUCUAUGAGAACGGACGCAAGACGGUCAGCGCUGAGCUUCAGUCCAGCAUCUACCCAUCUUUGGACGCCAGCGUCACGGUGAAAACUCCCGUGGAUGGUUAUAGAAGCGUUCUUGGAACCGUGACCUACGACACCUCUUACAACAAGUAUGAGGCUUCCAGCUCUCUCAAGUUCGAAGGUCGCAGUCUCUACACCAUGACCUCUGGUCUUGACUACUCCGUGGAGCCAAUCAGAGCCUUUGCCAAGGUCUCCACCCCAUACGCCGACUUCCGCAACGUGGAGCUGGUCUUGACCCACGAGGGCCAGUUGAACAACUUCAAGUCUACAGCAUUCCUUGCCUCUCCGCUCACAGACAACGUCAACGCCCAGGCAUCCCUGAACUACAACAGCCCAUACGACAUGAGCCUGAGCACAUCCGUGAAGAGCUCACUGUCCGGCAUGGACGACAUCAAGUUUGAGCUGAAGAAUUCUGAUGUGUCAGGCGAGAAGAAGAUGAACGCUGUUGCUGGAUGGACCGACGGUCAAGAGAUCCACACUGACGUCUUGUACCGCACCCAGGAGACCUGGUAUGAAGACAUGGCCCACACUGACGUCAGUCUGUCCACUCCGUUCAAGCUCCUGAGCAGCCUGUCCGUUCAGGCCGAGCAGACGACAAAGAGUCAAGGCCGCGAGGGAAAACUGGCAAUCGACGUGAACGGCGCCCAGCUCCUGGACGUGAGUGGUGAUUACAGCUCUAAGGAUAAACACGAGGCAACCUUGACCUUCAACAACCCAUGGCCCAUGCAGUACACAGCGAAGGGCUUCAAGAAUGAAGGACACAUGGAGGCUGACGUGAUGGCCAACUGGGACAGAGAUGACUUGAACUGCAACGUGCACCUGCUGGCCGUGGUCAACGACAAGUCCGAUUCUUACACCACCGACAGGGCUGUUGACAUCAGUGUGGAGAGGUCAUCCCGCAAAAUGGGCCUGUCCCACACCCAGAAGGUGUCCGACUCUCAGCUGGCCAGCACAGGCAAAAUGUUCUGGGACUCUGGCGAUGAGGACAAGGUCUCCUAUGACCUGACCCUGACUGACAACAACAGACGUAACAAGGUCGUGACUGAUGGCAGCCUCAAGCUGGGUCUUCCUUCCAGAACCCUGGAACUCUCUGGAUCUUUGAGCGGUAGCCCCGCUGCCCAAACUGCCGACGCGACAUUCAGCUGGGACGCAGAACGAGACAGCAGCAAGCAGGUUGGCGUCAAGGCCACACUGAAGAAAGGAAACACACUGCGUGGUGACGUCACUCUCAGCAUGCCCUCCAUCAGAAAGGAGGUCCGCGUGGACGGUGAGCUCAUGCUUAAGAAUGGCCGCGUCAUCCUGGACUCCAAGACCGACAUCUCUUACUCCAGCGACGCCCGCAAGACCUUGACCUUGACUUCCAAGGUUCAAGACAUCUCUGACUACUACAGCAAGUACAACUAUAGCGUGCAGCUGGGCGUGAAGCACCCGUACACCAACAUCGACGUCCAGAUGAACUCCCAUCUGGGCAGUUCUGACGAGCGCAUGACAGUUGGCGUGGAGACGAGCUACCUGACCGCCCGCAGACAGACCAAGAAUUUGGCCCUGCUGGCUGAGAUUAACAAAAUCAAGAAGCAGAUCAGUGUGCAGAUGACCAACCCCAUCAACAAGAUCGAGAUCGUGGGAGACGUUGUGAGCACCAGCCCGUCCAAGCUGAGACUUCUGAACAGGAUUGAUGACACCGAGGUGUUCCGCUCUGAGCUGACGGUCGACACUGACAAGAAGUCUGCUGAGAUCAGCGCAAUUGUGGACUCUGAAACCUUCAGCCUUUCUGCCCAGUACCCAAACAACACCGCCUUCCGUGCGGUCAUCAGCCACUCGACGCCAACCGAGAGCCGUCAGGAGGCCCUGCUGGCCCUCCGCCUGAACACCUCCCGCCUUCUGCACUCCCGUCUGCACUGGAGACCCUCCUCGUUCGCCGAACUGACUUCCGGACUCGAGGAGAGGGCUGCACGCGCCGGGGUCAAGGUCGCUAAGAUGUGGGAGCUGGUCAACGAGGCUGUGGCUGAUGAGGGAACCUGGGCCUACAAAUACUGGAAUGUCGAGGAGAACCUGAAGAAAAACCUCGCAAGCAUCAUGACCCUGCUGAGGGAGAUCGUGGAAGACGAACUCAAAGAGUUCACCAUUCAGACCAAAUCUCUGUACCAGAACCCCAUCACAGUGUGGAUGCCAGAGCAGGGAGAAAUCCAGGUGCAGCUGCCUCUGCCCUUCACCCUCAGGAGGCUGGACCAGGUCCCUGACCUGAGCCCACUGGUCAACAAAGUAGAGGAGAUUGGCCAAGAGGUCGUGUCCUACCUGCCUGACCAGGGCACCUGGAAGGACGUCAAGAAGGUGGUGUCUGACCUGUGGCCCGCCCAGCAAGAACAGGGUGCCGAGGAGUUGCUACGGGACUACAAACCCACCAGGAAGUACCGCCUCUCCAAGAAGGGAUCACGCAAGAUCAAGAAGAUGAGGAAGUACAUGCAGUAAUUGAAACUUCAUUGCAACCAUGACAGGAUACGUCCCAUGGAUUAACCCGCUUAUCCUCUUUAUUGUUUCGUUGUAUAUUGUGUAGAAUCUAGUUUUUGGAACUUUCUGGAAAGCUGUGUCGGAAACCAGUGAAAUUUUAAGUAACACGACAUUAUUUUAUAUUAUAUUGAAUUGUUCAUAUUUCCUGUUUUUAUUAUAAGUCAAUAAAAAGCAUAUAAACAUAAAGAA